CAUAAUAUUGAAAAUUCUAUUAGUUUAAAAUUUUUUAAUGACAAAUUAAUUAUAUCUUUUGCAUAUUAUAAUUAUUUUUUAACUUAAUUUUGAUAUUAAAAAUUAAAAUCCAGCGCACCCUUUAAAUGUUUAUUAGGAGUGCUUGUCUCGUGAUCCUUAUAUUGAAUUGUAAAUUAUUUUAUUCGAAUCAAAAGCCUGGAUUCAUUUUAGCAGAAAAUAAUAAGGAAAAAGCAAAAUUAUCCUAUAACGACCCUCAAGAAUUUUAUGACAAGAACGUUAAAUGGUUCCAUCCUUCAUUAGGAAAGCGUGAUAUUCCACUAGAAAAAAGGGAUGCAACUUCUGAUAAUCUAAUAACAUUAGGGUGUCGUAAGAUGAUUAACGAAAACGGAAAAUAUAUUUUCCUUGCCGACGAUAUUUCAAAAAUGUUUAGGGUAUGUUCUACUUAUAUCAUAGGACAACUCGACUCUUUGAUUCGUAUAAAAUUCGUAGCUUUUUCUAUUGAAUGCACGAAUGGGGGUUCAAUGUUUGUAAUUGAUGGUUGGGAAAUGCAAGAUGAGUUUUUCCCUUCUACGGCAGAUACGAAAUACGACGUCGACAAUUUAAAACCCUUUUGCAUGCCAGUUAGAGAUUUUUAUCCAGAAUACGUGUUUGUGAGCUCACAAAACGUUGCUCAGAUACAAUUUAGAGUUACAGGGCCCGGGCAGGGUUUUAUUGCCGAUAUAGAAAUCACUCCUAACCCAAGACCGUGUAACGCGGUAGCCAUGUCCCCCAUCGGGCAGCAUACCCUGAGAAACUACGGCAAUAAAGUAAAUUGCUCCUUGAGCAUAAUCUACCCAGAAAAAGUAUUAAUCAGAAAAUUGAAAAUAGGCGAUAAUACACUAGAAUCCAAUUAUAAAUACUUGAAAUACUCUUUAAACAACAAUAGAUCCAAAACAACUAUAAAUGAUGAUGAGUCGAAGGUAGAACCUAUAGAAAGAGUUAAGAAUUUAAACCAAAAUGGGUUGGACGAUUAUCCAAAUUUUAUAUAUAAAAGAAGAUUUGUUCUCAAAAGGAAUAUGAUGGGGGCCAAAUUUACUCCGCUAUACAGAUCGGAAAAAGAAACUUCUAAAUGCUUCCAAAUAGGCAGAAGGGAUUACGUCGAAUUCAAAGAGGGUAAUGGCUUAGACCCUAUCAGGAUGGAUACGUUGAUUGAUAUGUGCGGAAUAAACCCUAAUCUCAAUAUGCAAGUUGAGUUAAAAAAGGAGCAUUCUGUCAUAAGGCUGGUUUCGAGUGGUGAUUACGACAACUUCAUAACGUUCGAAUAUGAAAAAUUGGAUAUUUGAAAGGACUCAAAAAAUUCAAUAUAUUAUUAAUUUUUUAAAAUAAUAAAAGGAAUUUAUGUAUUAUUAUACUGAA